AUGCACAUUGGUAAUACACAUGUGUUUGCUUUAGUCGAUUCUGGAGCAGAUAUUAGUGUAAUGAAUCCUGCUAUGAUUAACAAGUAUUCAGACCUCCAGAAAUUAACAGUUCUUGCAUUAGACAGAGGAUACAUGUGUACAGCAACAAAUGAGCAUACAGAAAUAACUGGUAUGAUAUUCAUGAUAGUUAAAAUCAAUGGUAAAAAUGCAAACUGUAAAAUAUAUUUGAACCAAAACAAUUUGAGACUUAUCGAUAGAGAUGCUUUUGCUGAACUUAUUAAACUUGAAAUCAUAUACAUGCACAGCAACAAUCUAGUUGAAAUAAAGGACAACGCCUUUCAGGAAAUGUGGUUCUCGCUACAGGUGUUAUAUUCUGAUUAUUUUAGUCUCUGCUGCACUGUUGGUGAUAUUGAUCACUGCGAGCCCAUUGAUCUAUUUGCCUCUUGUACAGAUCUAUUGAAGAGGGAAGCUUUGCGGAUCUUGAUGUUGAUUAUUGGAAUAGCCGCCCUCCUUGGCAACUUAGUUGUUAUCAUUCGGCGAGUAAUUGAAAAUGACUUUAAUGUCCAAUCCAUACUCAUCACUAAUCUUGCAGUCUCUGACUUGCUGAUGGCGGUUUACAUGAUAGUCAUAGCAGGAGCUGAUAUGUACUACAGGGGGAGGUACGCACGGUAUGCAACAAUUUGGAAAACCAGUUUCCUUUGCAGUUUUGCCGGGUUUAUCUCAACAUUGUCCAGUGAAUGUUCGGUUUUCAUCUUGAUGAUUAUGAGUUUUGACCGUGCAGUAACCAUUGCCUAUCCAUUCAGCACCAAAAGGCUUAAUCGUAAAAGAUGCAUUAAAAUCAUGGGUAUUGUUUGGUUGACUGUUAUUACUAUCAGUAUUCUUCCUGUUUGCAACCGUCUAAGCUUCGUCAACAUACCGUAUUUCGAAGACAACUACUACGGGCGACAAAGUGUGUGUUUGGCACUACCGCUAACAGCUGACCGAUCCCCAGGCUGGCAAUAUGCUAUAACAAUUUUCCUGGCAUUCAACUUCUUCAGUUUUACCGUCAUUGCAGGGAGUUACAUCUCAAUUUAUAUAUCCGUAAAGCGAACGGCAUCGACGGUAAAUAGAGGUAAGAGGCGAGCGGAGGAGAUCAAGAUGGCAACAAAGAUGGUAAUAAUCGUCUUAACAGAUUUCAUGUGUUGGUUUCCAAUUAUCUUGAUGGGAAUUGGAUCGGAAGCUGGUGCCUGGAAACUUCCUGAUGAAAUUUACGUUUGGUCUGCGACAUUCAUUAUCCCUAUCAAUUCCUCACUAAAUCCAUAUCUUCAUACCAUUGCAUAUAUGUUUAAGAAGAAGAAAAAUACACCUGCACAUAUUAAUUAUUAAGGCGUUUCAUUUAAA